GCGCAGUCGGGGCAGGCCUCGGCCUCGGCUGGAAGCGGCAGCCAGGGGGCGGCCCACGCUGCAGCGCCGGUUUACGCGGGGCAAUGGCGGCCGCGUUGCUGGGCCAGGUCCUGGCCUAUGCGCUCCACACCCAGCGCCUGCUCAGGUGCAGCGUGCCGUGCUCCGGCCCCGCGAGGCGGUGGUUCUGCCAGGAGCCCAGGCCCCCCAGCGCCCCGAAGCCGCCCGCCCGCGCCUUCAUCCGCUUCUACGUGGACCAGGCGGUCACCAUGAAGAAGCAGAACCCAGGUAUAAGGGUUUCGGAGAUGGCAAAGAAAGUUGCACACACUUGGAGGAACCUACCUGUAUCAGAGAAACAAGCCUACAAAGCAGCUGAAGAGAUGGAUAUGCAGGUAUACAAAGAACAGUUAGCUUUAUACAAGGCGCAGUUAACUCCAAGCCAGAAAGCAGCUCUGAUGGAAGAGAGGAUUAAAAAAAAGGCUAGUAGAGAAUUGAAGAGGAAGAAGAAGGAACUGGCCAUGUUUGGAAAGCCUAAAAAACCUUAUAAUAGCUUUAACUUCUUCAUGGCUGAACGCUUCCAAGAAGCUAAGGGAACUUCAGCUCCGGCAAAGAUUAAAUGGUUAGGUGAUGAAUGGCAAAAUCUAUCCAGUUCUGAAAAACAGAACUAUGUACAGUUGGCUGAAGAUGAUAAGAUUCGAUAUGCAAAUGAAAUGAAGUUAUGGAAGGAACAAAUGAUUGAAGCUGGACGUGAAGAUCUUCUAAGUUCAGAAAAAAGAUUCAGAAUGUUACGGAACAAAGGAACAAAGCCAGUAAAGGUUUCAGAAGUAAAAACUGUAAUGACUAGUAAAACAGCCAAAGCUUCCUCAUCACCUGAAGUUCUGGCAAAAGUAGUCAAGACAAAAAAAUCUGAAGAAUAAAGCUGGUAAAUAUUUUAUAUUUAAUUCUUCAUGAUUUACCAUGUCUUUAUCCUGCUUGUAAAAAGAUUAUUGCAUCAUUCUGAAAAAAAACUCUGAUGGGUGGGUUGCACAAUAUAUUUAACAUGAAAGUUAUGAAAAGAAGUUGAAUUGCUGUUAGAACUGUUAAAAGAAAUGACGUCUCCCGCUGUAAUGUUGUAUAAAAGUAAUCCAAGUUAAUCAAGCUGUGAACAUUUUUUAUACUGGCUUCUUGGAAGAUCUUUCUUGAUUUAGAAUAAUACAGACAAACAUUAACUUUUUUUUUAAUGAGACUUUUUGAACUUAACCAUGUUCUACAACCAUCUGAGUACUGUACAUAAUUAAGUCAGAACCUGAAGUAAACUUUAUUCCCUCCCUAGUAUGAAUAAUGGUAAUUUAGUAGAUACAAACAAAUGUCUUCAUCUGUAUUGUUAGUAGUUUCAAUCAUAGGUAUGACACAAACUACUGAAUAUGUGCAUUUAUUUUUGUCUGUCCAUCUCCCUUUUUGUAUAUGGCUCAACAUCUAUGCAACGUGAAUGGUAUGCAUAGAAUAAAGACUUACUGAGUUUUAUACAGAA